CCUCAGGUUGGGGUCUCGACACCCCAGUCCCUCUGUGGUGCCCAGCUGUGAGUCCCUGAUGCGCGCCAGCUGCGUACGCGGCGGAUGCCCCACACCUGCCGGAGUCUUCUCUACCCCCAGCUGUGAGGCGGAAACUUCCCCAGUCCCGGAAGGCGCCCCACACCAGCUGCGGCCGUGCCCCAUCUCCACGCAGCUGGGGGGCUGAGCACCCGCAUGCCAAGAACCCGCGACUAGGGCAGGUGCAGGGCGUUCCCACUGCCCCCCUAACCACCCCCAGGUUUUCCUCUGUGGGUCUCUGAUGGGGUUAGAGAAAGAUUAUGUGGAGUUUAUGUGCCCCGCAGCCUCCACUGCUCUUGGGAGCUCAAGGGCUUACUAAAGCUGUAGCUCCGUUUCCUAGCCUGGCGUCCCCUUUCGGUAAAUCCCUUUGGAAGUGGGAUGCAGCAGGGGCAGACACUGCGCUGAACCUUGAGAGCGACCUCUCUGAGGAAUGAUAUCGUUUCCUUACUCUCAAAAGUUCCCCAAAUAGCCUCACUCUUCCCCCCAUAUACCCCAAUACUCUGACUUGGAAAGGCUGGUGAGUGUAGAGGUAGGCUAAACCACUGGCGUUCAAUUUGGUUUUGGGAGACCCCUGGGAACUGGGCUACUGCCCCCAAGGCCUAAUCAAUAGAGACCCCACCUCUGUAGGCAGAGGGGUUGGGGAACCGCAAUUCUGGGUUUCCACAGGACAGCUGCUAUGAUCAGCUCUCAAACAGAAAGGUCAGGAUCCAGCCAUACCUCAGUGGACCCCAGGGGCAUCCUGAAGGCAUUUCCCAAGCGGAAGAAAAUUCCUGCCAAUUCAUCAUCAAAAGCAUUUGCAAAGAUUCCCAAGAGGGAACAUGGAGAAGCAGCAGGAGAGUGGCUGAGCUCCCUGCGGGCCCAUGUAGUGCCCACUGGCAUUGGGCGAGCCCGGGCAGAACUCUUUGAGAAGCAGAUUAUCCAGCAUGGUGGCCAGAUAUGCCCUGCCCAGGCCCCAGGGGUCACUCACAUUGUGGUGGAUGAAGCCAUGGACUGUGAGCGAGCCCUCCGUCUCCUUAGACUGCCCCGGCUGCCCGCCGGUGCUCAGCUGGUGAAGUCAGCCUGGCUAAGCUUGUGCCUGCAGGAGGGAAGGCUGGUGGACACGGCAGGAUUCAGCAUCUUCAUCCCCCACAGGUACCUGGACCAAACACAGCUCAGCAAGGCAGACCAAGACUCUUCUACUCCUCCUAGAGCCUGUGAGGCUCUGCUCCGUACAGCCCUCUCUCCUUCCCCUUCUCCUACCAGACUUGUGUCUCCUCCCCGGAGGGCAGAAGAGGCUCCAAGCAUCCAAGCCCAGCCUGUCUCUGAUGAUGAAACCAGUGAUGGGGAAGAGACCCAGGUUAGUGCAGCUGAGCUGGAAGCUUUGAUCAGUGGCCGCUACCCUACCCUCCUUGAGGAAGAGGAUGAGCCUUGCCCAGCUCCUGAGGGCCUGGAUAAGUGGGUCUGUGCACAGCCUUCGAGCCAGAAGGUGACCAACCACAACCUCCACAUCACAGAGAAACUGGAAGUGCUGGCCAAAGCCUACAGUGUUCAGGGAGACAAGUGGAGGGCCCUGGGCUAUGCCAAGGCCAUCAAUGCACUCAAGAGCUUCCACAAGCCUGUCACCUCCUACCAGGAGGCCUGCAGUAUUCGCGGGAUUGGAAAGCGGAUGGCUGAGAAGAUCAUAGAGAUCUUGGAGAGUGGGCAUCUGCGGAAGCUGGACCAUAUCAGUGAAAGCGUGCCUGUCUUGGAGCUCUUCUCCAACAUCUGGGGAGCUGGAACCAAGACUGCCCAGAUGUGGUACCACCAGGGUUUCCGGAGCCUGGAAGACAUCCGCAACCAGGCCUCCCUGACUCCCCAGCAGGCCAUUGGCCUGAAGCAUUACCAUGACUUCCUGGAACGCAUCCCCAGGGAGGAGGCUACAGAGAUUGAGCAGACAGUCCAGGAAUCAGCUCAGGCCUUCAACCCUGGGCUGCUGUGUGUGGCAUGUGGUUCGUACCGACGGGGGAAGGCAACCUGUGGUGAUGUGGACGUGCUGCUCACUCACCCGGAUGGCCGGUCUCACCAGGGCAUCCUCAGUCGCCUCCUUGACAGCCUUCGGCAGCGAGGGUUCCUGACUGAUGACUUGGUGAGCCAGGAGAACGGCCAGCAGCAGAAGUACCUGGGUGUAUGCCAGCUCCCAGGGCCAGAGCGGCGGCACCGACGACUGGACAUCAUCGUUGUGCCCUACAGCGAGUUUGCCUGCGCCCUGCUCUACUUCACCGGCUCUGCCCACUUCAACCGCUCCAUGCGGGCUCUGGCCAAGACCAAGGGCAUGAGCUUGUCAGAGCAUGCCCUCAGCACAGCUGUGGUCCGGAACGCCCAAGGCCUCAAGGUGGGGUCUGGCCAAGUGCUGCCCACCCCCACUGAGAAGGAUGUCUUCAGGCUCUUAGGCCUACCCUACCGAGAACCAGCUGAGCGGGACUGGUGACCCAUGGCUGCAGGGGAGGGGG